GUUACUUUUUAUCAUAUACUAUAUUAUAUUUGUUUAAUCCUAUAUUAUAUAUUGGAUCUAAUGAAUAUAUAACGAGUUUUGUAUGGGAGGGGCAGCAAUUUUUCAAGAAAACCCUACCAUAUUAACGUAGUAAUUAUAUAAAUAAAAAAUGAUUACAAAGAAAUGAGUACAUUAACGACAGUAGAAACUGUGAGCACAGAAAUCGAAAAGGAUGUAGAAGAAACUUCCAUGGACUCUGAAAUGGGACAAAACUGUCCAAACACCUCUAACGAAAAGUCGGUCACAUGGGCUCAAAACACAAUCGAUAAUGAGCAUAUGAAUAAAAAGAGUAGCAAAAGUUGCUGUAUUUUUACCGGUAAAAAAAAGUCAAAUCCACCGGAUCCUGAUCAAGAGACGGAUAGUGAUUCUGAUUCAUCUGAAGAUAAGAAAUGUCCUAAUCAUUAAUUUACUAUUACACCCA